AUGAAGAUUAAUUACACCAGGUACCAUGGCAUCUUGAAGCGAUACAACGCGCAGUUCCCUAACGACACGACCGUGAAUGAGACUAACACCAUUUACGUUGGUCAAGAGUUUAAAUUCGCGUGGCAGUGCUUCGCGUAUGGUGCCGAUACGAGGGAAGUCUGGUGGAUGUCUCCCUCGUGCCGCCACAAACCAAAGACGUGCAUCCCUGUCGUCACGAAGAAUCUCUGGGGGAGCCAGAUCAUGCAACAGGCAGCCUACUACCACAUGCCUCUCGCGGUCGCGAGCGUAUACGAUGUUUCUUCUGACGGUGCGGAGUGGAAGAGUCUUGUUGAGAAUAACAAGUUGCUUACGUUUUGGUGGUUCCCAGAUGACUUGUUCAUCCUGUCCGACCUGGAGCUUCUUACGUUUCCCCCUUAUAACUGCAAUAACAAGGAGGAGCAGGAGGCGGGGCUCGAAGUCUUUCAGGUACAGUCCAUCCCGCUGAGGAAGCUCAUGGCCAAGGGUUUGGGCGCCGUCGCCAGCGACCUCGCGCUCGUUGGCGCAAAUGUGUGGGUUCCCUUUAGCAACAUGGUCGCCAUGCUGAAGAGGAGGGUCCAGGACGGCGAAUCGGUUGCGAAUUUGGCCUGCGAGUGGGUGCGCGAGAACUCGGAGCUGUGGCACGGUUGGCUGCCCGGGGAGCUCGAGUGCAACCCGGGCCAGGGUCUCGUGGACGAGGCGGGCGAGUUCUUGUCGUCGAAGGCCGACGCCGCCGGCUGCGGCUGGUGCGGGCCAGGAACUUUCAGCGACUUCUGGAACGGCACCUCGCAGAGGAUCUGCAUGUCCUGCCCAGCCGGUACCUUCCAGAAGUCGCCCGGCCAGACCGCGUGCGAGUCGUGCUCAUCCGGCAAGUUCACAAGCUCGGAGGGGAAUACCGCGUGCACAGACUGCGGGGUGGGCACUUACGCCGAGGGUAGCGACAACACGGCCUGCACGAGCUGCGCCGCGCACGAGAGCACCAUGAUCCGUGGCGCCGCGACCUCGUGGGAGUGCGUUUGCGACGACGGUUAUUUUCGCGCCAAGGGCCACUCUGAGAUGGACGGGGUGCACGCGGAGUGUAAUGCGUGCCCGCAGGGCAUGGAUUGCGAAAAGGGCGACGAUGACCCUCCCCCGAAGCUCCUUGCUGGCUUCUGGGUCAGCGAACAGGACGGCAUUGACAGGGAGUAUUCUGUCUACCGAUGCCGGGACGAGCUGGAGUGCCCAGGAGGAGACGCCAGCACGUGCGCGGAUGGGCGUGACCCUUCUGAAAUUGGUUGUGCUUCCUGCAAGGAGAACGAUCACGUCGGGUCGAAUGGGGAGUGCCAGAUGUGCCAAGGGAGCGCCGUGUUGCCCCUGAUCGGGGCCGUCAUCGCAACGCUCUGUGGAUUGGUCGGAAUGGCGUUCUUCGCAAGGGUGGACGUUACCAAGGUCAGGAUGAACACGGUCUCUGUGGCCAUCUGCAUGAGCCAGACAAUCAUGAUUCUCCAGACGUUGUCGCUGUUUUUCACCAUGAAGGUCAAUUGGAUCGACCCGAUCAAAUCCAUGUUUACGGGUUUCUCGGUCGCGGCGUUCGAUUUCUCAGUGUUGAACCUUUCGUGCGGGGUCUCUGACUCCGACGUGGUGUCGAAGUAUGCUCUUCGGCUGCUGUCAUUUCCUUUGUGCUUAGCGAUGCUUUGCCUAGUAUUCGCCAUCUUCCACUUCGUGCUCAGAGCGCCAAUCAGCAAGGACCAUAUCAUCAACUCCAUAGGGGUUCUCACCCUCGUGUUUUUCCUCAUGCUCAACAUGACUGGCCUGUCGCCGUUCCAUUGCAUCAGCAGCCCCAAUGGGACGUCCUCGCUUCCGUCCAACCCGUCUGUCAUUUGCUUCGAGGAUUCUGAGUGGACUGCAAUGGCCGUCAUGGGCAUCAUCGCCGUGCUCGUGUACGGGGUCGGCUUCUUCUCAGUCGCCUCGUACGUCACCCUCAACUACCCAGCUCUGGUGAUCUCCGCGGAGGGCUCGAUCGUCAUGUCCAGGUAUCGGUUCAUGUUUCAGCGCUUCGCUGCCAAGUGCUACUACUUCACCCCGAUCUACCUGAUCCGUACUCUGCUAAUCGCUCUGAUCCCCGUCAUCUUCGCUGACCACGGUCACCGCCAGAUGAUCUUCCUGGUUCUCGUGAUGGUAGUGUUCGGCUUCAUCCACGCGAGGUACUUGCCUUGGAGGGGCGCGAUCCCGAACGCGCUGGACGUACACGUGAUGGGGUGCAUGAUCCUCCUGCUGACCUGCUCAUCGUUGUUGCUCACGGUCGAUGCGGGCGACAUGACGGCAGACCUCGAGGUGUUCUUCACCAUCAUCAUGGUCUUUGUAUUCGGCGCCAUCGGCAUCUUUCUGGCUUCCCUCGCGUACCGCCGCUUCGUGCCGAAGGACAGGUGGAUCGCGCUUUUGUGCCACAUCUCGGACACCGCUAUCACGGCCCGCUGGGUCAAGAUGGAGAUGGAGAAGAGGAUGGUAGACAAGAAUGGCAUCUUCCUGGCUUCGGACAAUCUUGACUGGAAUCUGGAGGACAUCUUCGACCUGAUGCGCUGCCAGCUGGCAGACAACAUCGUGAUCCUCCUCUCGGGCGGGACGCUCUCCAACCCGCACUGCGCUGGACAGAUCACAACGGCCCACACGAACGGCGUGCAGAUGGUUCCGGUCGCCCUGGACUCCUACACCGAGCUCUGUGACGAGGACCUCGACGAGGCGGCCAUCGCCAAGCGCUGGGCCGCGGAGGCGUUCAGGCGCUGCACCGCCGAGGGCAUCUCGCUAACCAUGGUGAAGGACGCCUACGCCGCCCUGAACAGCAAAGCCAAGAUCUCGUGCCGUGUGGUGGCGAACCGCUUGGCCAAAAGCCACAGCACGACGCUGUAUGCCCUCGCCGAGGUGUCGAGCACCUGCGGAGCAGGCAAGGCAGCGGACGGCCCGGAGGAGAAAGGCGGGGAUUACGCCGUGGGCGUCGUUGCGGACGUUUGCGAUGCAGAGGCCAUCGCGACGGUGGAGGUGCUGAAGAUAUCAUGGUCGGCGCGAUCAAUGGUUGGGAGCUCAAGGGCCUGA